AUGACCGCGAACGCCGUGGUGUUUGCCGCCCUGCUCCUCGUCGCGGUGGUGCCCCCGCUGUACAUUUACGACCCCGAGAAACACCCCGGGGAAUCGCUUGGGCCACCCCCCGCCGGCAGCAUCUUUCCAGAUCGUGCGCCGAAUUUCGCGGUGCAGCAGAAGCUUUACAUGCUUUUUACGCUGCCCGUGUGCGCGUUACUCAAUUCUCUGUUUGUGUACUUUACCUACUACCGGCACUAUCGGCAGAUACAGUUUAGAGCUGAGUUAAGCUGCGUGGCGCACGCAAACCUCAGGACGGCUAUCAUGGUUUUUUCCGAAGAGCAGCAGAUCAAUGAGUACAACGGCGUGAAUAUUAUUGGGGGCACUCGUAGCGGUGGGGGGCUGUCGAAUCACAGUCUUCUUGCAGUACGCUUUAAUGCCAACAAGACUGGUCCGCAUUACAUGUGUCUAGACAAUCGACGGCAUAUACGGCCGGAGGGCCUUUCCUUGCAGAGGUACUCCUCAACGCCAUGGUUUCCUGAGCUGCAGGAGUUGCAGAGGGUUGUCGAGGUGCAGUUUCUUCGACUAGCAGAGACGGCGCGGAGCGCCGCAUUUCGGUGUUUUUGCCAGACUGUACUGCUGCCCUUUGAGGAGCGGAUGAAACUAAAGGCGGGAAGCAUGGCAAACGACAUCCGACUGUUUCUGCGGCGGCAAUCAAAGUGGGUGCCUGAGCCUAUGAUGCGGGUGCACCUGACGAGGAUCGAGCUGGAGCGGAGGCGCAAAGACGUCCAUGAGAACAACUUGGAGUCGGAGCCGGUUAGACUUUACCCUUGA